AUGCCCUCCACCCCGCAACAGUUCACUCAACAGUCAUCCUACAUAUGCCCUCCACCGGCAACAGUUCACUCAACAGUCAUCCUACAUAUGCCCUCCAUCCCGCAACAGUUCACUCAACAGUCAUCCUACAUAUCCCCUCCAUCCCGCAACAGUUCACUCAACAGUCAUCCUACAAAUGCCCUCCACCCCGUAACAGUUCACUCAACAGUCAUCCUACAUAUCCCCUCCAUCCCGCAACAGUUCACUCAACAGUCAUCCUACAUAUGCCCUCCACCGGCAACAGUUCACUCAACAGUCAUCCUACAUAUGCCCUCCACCGGCAACAGUUCACUCAACAGUCAUCCUACAUAUGCCCUCCACCCCGCAACAGUUCACUCAACAGUCAUCCUACAUAUCCCCUCCAUCCCGCAACAGUUCACUCAACAGUCAUCCUACAUAUGCCCUCCACCCCGUAACAGUUCACUCAACAGUCAUCCUACAUAUCCCCUCCAUCCCGCAACAGUUCACUCAACAGUCAUCCUACAUAUGCCCUCCACCCCGCAACAGUUCACUCAACAGUCAUCCUACAUAUGCCCUCCACCCCGCAACAGUUCACUCAACAGUCAUCCUACAUAUGCCCUCCACCGGCAACAGUUCACUCAACAGUCAUCCUACAUAUGCCCUCCACCGGCAACAGUUCACUCAACAGUCAUCCUACAUAUGCCCUCCACCCCGCAACAGUUCACUCAACAGUCAUCCUACAUAUGCCCUCCACCGGGAACAGUUCACUCAACAGUCAUCCUACAUAUGCCCUCCACCGGCAACAGUUCACUCAACAGUCAUCCUACAUAUGCCCUCCACCCCGCAACAGUUCACUCAACAGUCAUCCUACAUAUGCCCUCCAUCCCGCAACAGUUCACUCAACAGUCAUCCUACAUAUGCCCUCCACCGGCAACAGUUCACUCAACAGUCAUCCUACAUAUGCCCUCCACCGGCAACAGUUCACUCAACAGUCAUCCUACAUAUGCCCUCCACCCCGCAACAGUUCACUCAACAGUCAUCCUACAUAUCCCCUCCAUCCCGCAACAGUUCACUCAACAGUCAUCCUACAUAUGCCCUCCACCCCGUAACAGUUCACUCAACAGUCAUCCUACAUAUGCCCUCCACCGGCAACAGUUCACUCAACAGUCAUCCUACAUAUGCCCUCCACCCCGCAACAGUUCACUCAACAGUCAUCCUACAUAUGCCCUCCACCCCGCAACAGUUCACUCAACAGUCAUCCUACAUAUCCCCUCCAUCCCGCAACAGUUCACUCAACAGUCAUCCUACAUAUGCCCUCCACCCCGUAACAGUUCACUCAACAGUCAUCCUACAUAUGCCCUCCACCGGCAACAGUUCACUCAACAGUCAUCCUACAUAUGCCCUCCACCCCGCAACAGUUCACUCAACAGUCAUCCUACAUAUCCCCUCCAUCCCGCAACAGUUCACUCAACAGUCAUCCUACAUAUGCCCUCCACCCCGCAAGCGUUCACUCAACAGUCAUCCUACAUAUGCCCUCCACCGGCAACAGUUCACUCAACAGUCAUCCUACAUAUGCCCUCCACCGGCAACAGUUCACUCAACAGUCAUCCUACAUAUGCCCUCCACCCCGCAACAGUUCACUCAACAGUCAUCCUACAUAUGCCCUCCACCGGCAACAGUUCACUCAACAGUCAUCCUACAUAUGCCCUCCACCGGCAACAGUUCACUCAACAGUCAUCCUACAUAUGCCCUCCAUCCCGCAACAGUUCACUCAACAGUCAUCCUACAUAUGCCCUCCACCCCGUAACAGUUCACUCAACAGUCAUCCUACAUAUGCCCUCCACCGGCAACAGUUCACUCAACAGUCAUCCUACAUAUGCCCUCCACCGGCAACAGUUCACUCAACAGUCAUCCUACAUAUGCCCUCCACCCCGCAACAGUUCACUCAACAGUCAUCCUACAUAUGCCCUCCACCGGCAACAGUUCACUCAAAAGUCAUCCUACAUAUGCCCUCCACCGGCAACAGUUCACUCAACAGUCAUCCUACAUAUGCCCUCCAUCCCGCAACAGUUCACUCAACAGUCAUCCUACAUAUCCCCUCCACCGGCAACAGUUCACUCAACAGUCAUCCUACAUAUGCCCUCCACCCCGCAACAGUUCACUCAACAGUCAUCCUACAUAUGCCCUCCACCCCGUAACAGUUCACUCAACAGUCAUCCUACAUAUCCCCUCCACCCCGUAACAGUUCACUCAACAGUCAUCCUACAUAUGCCCUCCACCGGCAACAGUUCACUCAACAGUCAUCCUACAUAUGCCCUCCACCCCGCAACAGUUCACUCAACAGUCAUCCUACAUAUGCCCUCCAUCCCGCAACAGUUCACUCAACAGUCAUCCUACAUAUCCCCUCCACCGGCAACAGUUCACUCAACAGUCAUCCUACAUAUGCCCUCCACCCCGCAACAGUUCACUCAACAGUCAUCCUACAUAUGCCCUCCACCGGCAACAGUUCACUCAACAGUCAUCCUACAUAUGCCCUCCACCCCGCAACAGUUCACUCAACAGUCAUCCUACAUAUGCCCUCCAUCCCGCAACAGUUCACUCAACAGUCAUCCUACAUAUGCCCUCCACCCCGCAACAGUUCACUCAACAGUCAUCCUACAUAUGCCCUCCAUCCCGCAACAGUUCACUCAACAGUCAUCCUACAUAUGCCCUCCACCGGCAACAGUUCACUCAACAGUCAUCCUACAUAUGCCCUCCAUCCCGCAACAGUUCACUCAACAGUCAUCCUACAUAUGCCCUCCACCCCGCAACAGUUCACUCAACAGUCAUCCUACAUAUGCCCUCCACCCCGCAACAGUUCACUCAACAGUCAUCCUACAUAUGCCCUCCACCCCGCAACAGUUCACUCAACAGUCAUCCUACAUAUGCCCUCCACCGGCAACAGUUCACUCAACAGUCAUCCUACAUAUGCCCUCCACCGGCAACAGUUCACUCAACAGUCAUCCUACAUAUGCCCUCCACCCCGCAACAGUUCACUCAACAGUCAUCCUACAUAUGCCCUCCAUCCCGCAACAGUUCACUCAACAGUCAUCCUACAUAUCCCCUCCACCGGCAACAGUUCACUCAACAGUCAUCCUACAUAUGCCCUCCACCCCGUAA